UCUUCUUCUCUAUGAAUUUUGGAACUUCCAUUACAUUCCCAUCAAAUUUCCUCCGAUAACUCUCUCUCUCUCUCUCCCUCUCGCGCGCGCGCUCUUUCUAAUUUGAUCCGAUCGAGACUAUGUUCAAAUUUGAUAAUCUGUUAUUCAUCUUCUUGAUUUUGACCUCAUCGUUUAUUCGGGAAUCAACUUGUUCUUAUGCUGGUUCGGCUAGCGCAACCGUAGAUCCUAGUAAAGUGAAGCAGAUUUCAUGGAAACCGAGAGCUUUUGUAUAUGAAGGUUUUCUAACGGACCUAGAAUGCGACCAUCUGGUUUCUAUAGCGAGAUCCGAGCUAAAGAGAUCUGAGGUUGCUGAUAAUGAUUCGGGAAAGAGUAAGCUCAGUACUGUACGAACGAGUUCAGGAAUGUUCAUUUCUAAAAACAAGGAUCCUAUUGUUUCUGGCAUAGAGGACAAAAUUUCUGCAUGGACUUUUCUUCCAAAAGAAAAUGGGGAGGACAUUCAGGUAUUGAGAUACGAGCAUGGGCAGAAAUAUGAGUCACAUUAUGAUUACUUUGUUGACAAGGUGAAUAUUGCCUGGGGUGGACAUCGUUUAGCUACGGUCCUUAUGUAUCUCUCUAAUGUGACCCAAGGUGGUGAAACAGUUUUCCCCUUGGCAGAGAAACCUUCCCACCGGAGAGCUUAUGAAACAGACGAGGACCUCUCAGAGUGCGCUAAGAAAGGAGUUGCAGUGAAACCAAAGAAAGGCGAUGCCCUUCUUUUCUUUAGCCUUGAACCAAAUGCUAUACCAGACACAAACAGUCUCCAUGGAGGUUGCCCUGUCCUUGAAGGAGAAAAAUGGUCAGCAACAAAGUGGAUUCACGUAGAUUCUUUCAGCAAAAACUUAGGAGACAUUGGGAAUUGUACUGAUCUAAAUGAAAGUUGUGAGAGAUGGGCUGCCUUAGGGGAAUGCACCAAAAACCCAGAAUAUAUGGUUGGAUCUCCAGAAAUGCCCGGCUACUGUCGGAGGAGUUGCAGGAUCUGUUGAUUUCAUUUCAACCUUACACUCGAAAUUCCGAUACCUUUUCGUGUCAGUCAUUUGUGGAAUGGAAAGCGAUACAACAUUGAUUGUGAAGCUAUCGUGGAAGCACAGAUGGGAUGAAGCAGUAGCCGUUGGGUAAUUAUGACCUUUCCUUUUUCUUUAAAAAAAAUUCAUGAUUAUGUAUUACUUUAUAUUGUCGUUAUUUUUCUUACUUGAAUUUUGAUACGGUUUUCUUAUAGGAAAGAAUAUUGUUGUUUUAAAAACUAAAAUUUACAUACGUUACAGAAAAAAAGAGUAAUUUUGCUGAUGCGACAAUGAAUUGAUUAGAGAGUCUAACCACCAGCCUUUCCUUUCAAUAUGAAAGAUAUAAAAAUACAAUCCCUUCACCUUUCAGGAAAAAA